UGUUAAAUUAAAUUAGCAAUGCCGACGAAUAUUUUAAGUUACAAUUUAAACUAUUUGAAAUCUAAAAUACAAAUUAGAAAUGCAAUAUCAGCCGUCUUCCAUAUGAUAACAGUGAGUUCGCUGAGUAUGUCCCUGGUUCAAGUGCAGUGGUUUGAAAUUAGUGGAGAUGUAUGUUCACAAUAUCUGACCUUACAGCAGUUCUUUUGGUUAUUUGGCUAUGAUAAUAGUAAUGCAGACAAUGAUUACAGAUGCAUUAAUAAUACUGUUGUUAAUCUGAUGAGGAUAAUAUUGUUAUUAUGUUUCAUGGCAAUAAUAUUUUCACUUGGAGGGUUUAUUCUUGAUAUUUCCCAGUUGCAAAAUAAAGUGCUUAUUUACAUUCAACAAUACGCUUUGUGCAGUUCAUUUACAGUGUUUUGGGUAAUGGCUAUUGUUAGUUUUUGUUAUUAUACAACUUUAGUGAUCCAAGAAUCUCUUGAUAAUUUAUAUCCAAAACUGGAGACUUCAGUGACAUAUGGACUUGGAUUUUAUUUAGUUGCUAUAACAGGAGGAGUAGCUUUAUUAGGCAACUUAUGCUCGUUAAUUCUUCAUCAGACAUUGAAUGAAAGGAGUUGUACAGAUGGCAGGUGUCUUCUUGAAAGAUAUGAUAGUUUAGAAGCAUUUGAUGUUUCUACUCCACCACCCCCUUAUAGUAUACCACCUCCACCAUACGUCCCAUAACAAUAAUUUCUCAGAAGUAAAUUUGACGGGUAAAAGGAAUAUUUUUCUAAAGUUGAGUUUUAUGGGCUUAAAUGUUCCAUUAAUUUUAAUAGAUAAUUAACUGUGUUGGCGUUGAUUAUAGUUUGUAAGUAUUCUGCUCUCUUCAAAUAUAAAGAGAUAUCUUAUAUAAGAAAGAAAAAAUAUUUUCAAUCUGUGCACUGUUGACAUAAAAGAUUAUUUUAUAUAAAAAUGGCACUAAGGUUGGUUGCAAAUUUAUAAAAGAUCUAUUAAAAAACUAUUUCACGUCCUUGAUAUAACUUAAGUUUUUGGAUGGUAUAAAUAUAAACAUUUGAACACACUUUUGAAUACUUGCUUCUAAUAUCUUCUCAGAAUUACGAUUUUGUUGUUUGUUACUAUUUAUAUAUAUUUAAAAUCUUUAAAUUUUCAUAUUUUAUUUCCUCAUUUUUUUUUGUUUUUCUUGUCAACCGUUCCUCACGUUAUUGUAAUGUACUUGUAGAUUUUUCUUUUUAACUCAUAGAUAUGAAUAGCAACAUUAUACAUACAAAAUUAGUUUAUGUAUACAUGUUGACAAAAAUAUUACAUUACCAAAGUUAUUAUUAAUCUUGUUUGUUUACCAAAUAAUAGUGCCUUUGAAGUAUAUUCAAUACACUAUCUAUAUAUUUAUAUGAAUAAUAUAUAUCGUUUGUUUUUUGUUUGUAAUCGUUAUUAUUAAUGGAAAACAUAAGAGAUAGGUAUACCCAUUUCUAAAAAACUAAGUAGAAUAUUACAACAGCGCGUUUUAAAAUAAUUCUUAUUUUACUGUAGAAAUAGAUUACCUAUCAAACAAAACACGAUUAAUGAACAGUCAGAAGUAAAAAUCAUAGCUAAUAUUUCACGUAAUAAAGUCUUUUUAAAGUAAAGGACAAGGGUUGAUAGAGGAAUACACAAAGUUUACCACGAAUAUAAUUGCACUUAUUGAUAUAAUCUAAAAUGUUAUAGGUAAUUAGAAUAAGCAUAAGGAACAAUUAUAACAUAUUAACGAUUAAUUUUGUUUGGAAAACAUUACUCAUUUUUAUACUCUUAUCGACCCUAGUUCUUUAAAAAGAAAUGUAUAUAGAGAUAAUUA